UGUCCUUCAUUGGAUUGUGGGAAUUUCGGGAAUUUCGCACGCGCCGCCAGUCCGCUCCGCUCCGGUCCUGCCAGCAGCGCUUAUAACCCUGUGAUGUGACGUUUCCCGCGCGCUCCUGCUCGUUAUUCCGAAAACCCGCCUCUGUGGCUCCGCUGUGGGAUCUGAGGAGGCCGCGCCGCUGAAGGAGAACCCGAUCUUCCAUUUGGAGGGAUUACAGGGUUGCGCUGAGAGAGAGGCUUUCAUUUGGGCCUGGAGUGGGUGGUUCGGUGGUCUCGCUCUCUCUGUGGUCAGUGAUCAUCAUGCAGGUGAACACAGCGCUGAUCGUCCUCCUGCUGACCCUCCAGAUCACACACAGCCUGAGCGGUCCUCCAGUUCCCCAAAGCCUCUCUCUGAAGCAGGACUUCGCGUCUCAGACUCUCUCUCUGACCUGGGAGAGCCAUGCAGCGCUGUUCGACAUUGAGAUCUUUCGCACCGAGCUGGAGGAGAACGUUCUCAACGUGACGGUAUCUGCUGCGGUUGAUCCCGUGUCAGGGCAGCGCAUUUGGACCUGGCGCUCUCCGGUUCCUCUGCAGUGUACCUCGCACUCUGUCCACAUCAGAGCUCGACAGGAGAACACAGUGAGCCCGUGGAGCCCCCGGCAGAUCGUACAAGGCUCUGAUGUUCCAGACAAGCAGCAGGCUCAGAUGUAUCCUCAGGAUAAGGUGGUUCCGGUGGGCAGUAACCUCACGUUCUGCUGCAUCGUGUCUGAGGGUGGCCAGUUCGGCAGCAUUCAGAACCAGAACGAGAAGAUGGAGGUGACCAGGAUGAGCCGCAGGAGCUUCGCUACCAGCGUGACGAGUCUGCCCCAGUCCGGCCCCACUGGCACCAACAUCAUCUGCUGCUCCCCACUGGAAAUCAUCGUCGGAGCCGUGGUGUUCGUGGGCUACCCCCCGGGUGACAAGGGUCUGGAGUGUGAGACGAGGGACCUGCAGAAGGCCGAGUGCCGCUGGAGGAAAGGACGAGAUACAGGAUUCUGGAAGACCUCUUUACUUACACGCUACACUCUCAAUGGCAGGCGCUGUGUCGAGGCAAAGAGAGACCUGAAGCUGUGCUGCUUUGACCGCUGGGAGAGCAGCUGGACCCUGACAGCUGAAAAUGAGCUGGGAGCCGUCCAGCUGAACGACUCCGCCCACAUCACUGAGCGCGUGCGUCUCUUUGCUCCGGUGAACGUUUCUGCGGUUCCUCAGGCGUGGAACUCCAAUCUGCAGUGGAGCUGGACCAUCCAGGCCAUCCAAACUCUGGACUUACUGUGUCAGGUGCAGCUCACCAGCGGGGGGCGCUCCAGCACUCGUAACUACACCGGGGUGGGAUUAUCCGCCGCUCUGCUGGACGGACUGAGGCCGGACGUCGAAUAUUCCGUCUCUGUACGAUGUGCCUCUCUGCGGAGUUUCUGGCGCUGGGGGGACUGGAGCGCCCCCUACAGCUUACGCACCAGGAUGGACCGCCCUGAGGCUCCUGAUGUGUGGGUGAGGAUGGACAGUGAAACCACCGGCCGGAUUCUGUGGAAACCUCUCUCUGUCAGUGAUAGUCACGGUGCUCUGGAGGCCUAUGAGGUUUAUCAGAAGGACGGAGAGCAGGACGGAUGGACGAUUCUCUCUCUCCCUCCCUCCACGUCCAGUUUUCCCAUCAUCCUCAGCAACAGCAGCGGCGGUGACGUCACGGUUGCCGUGGCAGCGCGUAACCCGGUCGGGCUGUCCAAGCGCUCCGUUGUGGUGGUUCCAGAAUUCCGAGCAGACUCUCAGCAGUCAGUGUCAGAGCUGGUGGGCAGUGAUGGAGAUUUAGAACUAGCCUGGCAACCCUUGCCCAACGCCAGCCGAGGCUAUUUGGUGGAGUGGGUUCCCACAGGCUGCACUGACCACUGCACCAUUCAGUGGAUGAAGGUUCCAGAGUCGAACACCAGCACCGUCAUCCAGUCAAGGUCUCUGGAGGUUGGAGUGAGGUACACACUCUCUGUGUUUGCUCUGAGUGAUGAAGCUACAGCUCUGCUGCAGAGGCACCAUGGAUACGGGCACGAGCUGGUUCCUGUCCAGUCUGUGAAGUCCCUGAAAGCCCGGCAGUCUGGCGAGAACAUUCUGCUGUCCUGGGAGCCUGUGGCCAUAUCUAACAGGAGAGGGAUCAUCCGUGGAUACACCAUCUACCUGAACAAUGCCUCACACCUGCAGCUCGUAGCGAACGUGACUGAUCCGGCGCUGAGGUCGUACACAGUGAAGGGUUUGAGUCUGGGCUCCUAUAAAUUGACCGUGAAGGCGUUCACUUCAGCCGGAGAGGGAGGAGGAUCCACUGUGGCCAUUAAAAUGGAGUCGAACAGUGAUAUGUUGGUGGUGCAGCUUCUGGUGUCUUUAGUAGCCAUGUCCUGCUGCCUCGUCGUCAUUAGCAUCUUGUGCUAUAAGAAGAGAGAAUGGGUGAAGAAAGCUUUCUACCCUGAGAUUCCUGGACCCAAGCUAACUGGAAAUUGGACAGCUCCUCCGGCUCCUCUGGACAUCAAGCCGCCCACUCACAGCCUGGUCCACAUUGUGGAGAGUCCUGAGUGGGACUCGUCAAAGAAGGGGCUUGUCCCGGUGCCGGAGGAGGAAGUGGACGACAACGGGUCUGUAGGCGAAAACGUGGAGGAGGACACGGACUCGGACGAACCCACCCUUCUCAGAUACUACAACCAGUUGGUUACCGACGGUUCCCAUAGCAACUAUGCUUCGGACACGUCAGGGUCCUCCACCAGCUCGGUGGACUCCGCUCAGACGCAGGUGACCUACACAGGGAUCCAAAGCCCCACCUCCUCAAACUGGGCGCCGUCUUAUGGCUACAGACCCCAGAUGCAGCCUGUGGAGGGCGCCGAAGAGCCGGCAGCUGGAUUUGAGAACGAGCCCCAGCAGGAGAGCCCGAGCGUAGCAUACAGACCCCAGUGCUCCUGGCAGGCGGAAUCUCCGGGGGCCGAGAACUUUAGCGGAUCUCUGGGAAGCCCCACUUCUGUGACAUCCUCGCAGUUCCUCAUCCCGGAAACCGCCGAAGAAGAUCCGGAACCUUCAGGAACCUGGUUCCAGAACUUUCUGUCUGGCAAAUUCUGAAUCCAGGUCACAUUUCAGUUGCUUCCGUGAGGAUUUGUCGUCGUUUAAGCUUCCGAGUGUGGUGCUUUUCUGAAACCCAUCUUCAUCUAUGCUCAUACUUGCCCUAGCAUUCAGUGACUUUAUGAGCCCACACAUUUUUUUUCACAUUUUUGAUGAAAGGCCUUGGCAGUUUGCGCUGAGGCCGAACCCGUUUCCAGGAAAACAGCUCCUCGUUUCUGAGCGGCGGAGAGAAGGAGAUGAAACACUACUGAAGAGCGACAGCUAGUUUUAAUGACUACCUGAGCUCUAACAGAAGGGUAUUUAACCUUAACCAGCAGAGGGCGCUGUUCUCAGCUGCUGAGAGCCGUACAAUGGCGCCACCUGCUUUUCCCAAGCGUACUAUUCUGCAGUAUUAUCCGUUUGGUCAUGAAAUUGGAACAGACAGAUCCUGUUAGCAUUCAUAUAAGCUUACUGAUCACUGGUGAUUGUUUCUGUUUUUUGUGGCAUUAACUGCGUUUCAAUGUAGAGAAAACACGUCUAAGGUCAUCUGAAGUUUCAGAACUGACUUACUCAAGGCCUCUAAACCAGUCACAGAGCAGUGCUCUUUAAGGAGACUGCUUUCACUACAGCAUAUAUUUUUUUACAUUUUGUUCUAUGGGAGGUGAAACCAGUAUUUUUUCCCCCUGCAGCCCAUUCGGGGAAUCACAGGUGCAGCUGACGCUAACUAUAUCCACCGGUACCUUAAACCCUUAUUAAACACGUUUACAGUUUGUUUACUAGGGAACCGUUUAUUCAGUCAGUGCUGCAUAAUUUUGCAUAGAUCCAAAGACAUUUUUAGUUUCAAUUCUGAUAAGUAAACCUAAUGACAGUGAGGGUCCUGCAUCAGCAGCGUGUGGUCAGUAGGAAUGCAGUAGGCAUUUUUUUCCUGUUGCAUUUCAAACCCAGAUAUCUCGAAAUAUUUCACUGAAACGAUUUAUUCUGCAGUUCGAAUAUGAAACAUUAACAUAUAAGAUUUAGCAUCUAGUUAUAUCGUGCAGCUAGUGUUAAUUAGAGCUAAUUAGUCGCUGAUGGUUCAGUUGAUAUAAUUAUUUUUUGUUUUAAAAGAGAUUUCUCAAAAUUCCCCCAUAACUCAGUGUGUGAGGUGUAAACAGAGGGAUUCAGAGAGGUUUGGUGUGAAACGGUUCAGAUGUCCUUACAGUGGUGGUGAUAGGAACCAGGGGUCGCCAUGACUAC